CCGGACGUGACGUCAGCACGGCGCGCGUGUUGCUGUGGUGAGCGGCUCUCGUGCGGCAUGGAGGAGACGGAGGAGGAGGACAAGAAGAAGGAGCAGGCCUCGGAGGCUGGUGGUACCUUCAAGGUGGCGGAGCAGCUGAGCGAGCUGAGCGUGGCCGCUGAGGGAGCCGCUGGGGAAGGGGAAAAGGCCGCUCCUCAGCCGGAAUGCGGCCCCAUAGAGGUUCCCUCCGCCCCGCAGGGCCUUCCUGAGAGUGGCCGCGCUUCCCUUGAUGGAGGGGGUCUGGAGGCCCUGGAGGGCGCCGCAAUGGAAGAGGGGGGCCCUCCGCUCGGAAUGGGCCCCUCUUCCCCUCACUGCGAGGAGACGGAGAGAAAGGUUGGCCUCAGAGAUGGAGCGGAGCCGGUUCCUGGCCCCGAAGGAGAGGCCCCAGACCCUAGGAGCCCCUCUCAGCCUCCUCUGGAUGUGAAUGGCGGGUCGGAUCGCGAAGGAAAGGAGGCCACAGUCAUGGAAAUCAGUGGCAGCUCUUCUUCCGAAUCCGAAAGUGAUACCGAUUCAGACAGUUCAUCUUCUGACUCCUCCUCUUCUUCCUGUCUUCCAAUGCUGUCUGAAGAUGAUGGUGAGCAAAAUAAAAAUGAAGAUGACACUUGCAAUACUACCAAAGGUGAACUGCCUAAACAGGAAUCACUUUGUAUUGAAGAUUUGAAAAUAAUUCUGCCUGAAUCUGUUGAACUGAUGCCUUUUGGGAAGGUUUCCAGCAUCAUUGGACAUUUAGUAAUUGUUGAGUCCCAGAAAGGAAUGCCCCCUGUGAACGAAGAUACUGUGCUUUUCAGAGGUGACCGACAUUCAAUAGGAAAGAUCUUUGAGGUAUUUGGCCCUGUGUCUCAUCCAUUUUAUGUACUACAGUUUAACAAUCCUGAGCAUAUUGAAGCUAAAGGUAUCAAAAUACAUGAUGCUGUGUAUUUUGCUCCAUCGGUUGAGAGCGUCACCCAGUAUAUAUUUCCAGAAAAACUAAAGCAAGAGAAAGGAUCUGAUGCAUCAUGGAAGAAUGAUGAAGAGCCACCUCCUGAAGUUUUAGACUUUAGUGAUGAUGAAAAAGAGAGAACUGCAAAGCAACAGAAGAAAUCUCAGAAUUUAAGAAGAAAGAAAUUCAAAUCACAACAAGAUUAUGAUAAGAGUGGAAUGGAUUACCAGCCCAGACAACACUAUCAUUCAGAUUAUUCAGACAGGAGAGAACCUCAUUCCACCUUUACAAGAGGACGAUACCCACAUCCUUCUGCAUCUCCGCGCUUUUUUAGACAUCAGGGGAGGACUCCACAACAACAUCCUUCUAGCUAUGCUGAACCAUGGAAACCUUCAGCGUUUCAUCAGCAGCAGAGGCCAGAUAAUUCAAGAAGACAUCAGUAUUCCUUUCCUCCCCCUUCAUUUGAACCAGAGGCAAAUUUUGCACCCUCACCUCAACCUGCAACAUGGGGAUGGCCUCCGGGAUAUACUCAGAAUACAUAUGAUCCUUUGUUGUCACUACUCUCUUUGCCCCCACCACCUCCACCCCCACUACCUCCUCCAUCAGCUCCUUUCAACAGUAUGAAUCCUCCUUAAGCUGAGCUACCCUUUAAUCUUUUCAAUAGUCUUGAAAAUGUCAGAUUUCCUUCUUAAAUGCUGUAUAUGUUUUAUUUUCUGGAGUCUUUUCUUGGGGGGGGGGGGGUGGAUGGAGGAAGGAUAUUUUAUGUUGUGUACAGAAAUGUAAACCUUAAAUCAAGUAAUUUUAUAAUAAAGUUAAAAUCUUAUUUUGAGAACAGGAAAUAAUUGAAAUAUGGCAAUAUUUCUUUAGUGAAAUUUUGUAAUCCAAAUUCUUGGUAUGUAUUAUUUUUUAAUAAACCUCUACCUUAUUUCUA